AUGCUUCGGUCAAGCAAACAAAGGGAGCGCUCGCUGGUGGAGGAACUCAAGGAGCUCGAGUUACUCGAGGAAGGGGUGAUGGUUGACAUCCCUGAGCUGGAAAACGACGAUCUCCUAGAAGAAAACUCUCUCAGCGUCAUCGUCAGAUGCCUCAACCCAUCGGUACACAAAGUUGGUGGCCUCGUCAAAGCUCUGCCUCCCAUCUGGGGUCUAGAAGACAGAGUACAUGGAAGAGGGGUUGGCCCUGACCGUGUUCAAUUCAUCUUCCAGUCAGACAGGGACCUCCACCAUGUCCUCACCAGAGGUCCCUGGUUCGUCAACGGCUGGAUAGUAGCUCUGGAUCAAUGGUCUCCAACACCAGGACCGAGCUUUCUCCAAAAGAUCCUCUUUUGGAUUCGGAUAAAAGGCCUCCCGGUUCACCUGCUGAAGAGAAAGACUAUUGAUACUCUGGUUGGGCCUCUAGGGAAAAUCGAGAAUGUAGAACUCCACGCAAAAAACUCUUCAUCAGUGGAAUACGUCAGAGCUCAGGUCUGGAUAAACGCCGACGAGCCACUCCAAUUCCGCCGGAUUGCUCGCUUCAAGUCUGGUGAAGUAAUUCCUACUGAGCUUGAGUAUGAAAGGCUCAUCAAAAUUUGUUUCCUCUGCAAGAGAUUAACUCAUGACCAAAACAGAUGCCCCUCCCAACUACAUCAUCAGGGAAGAGACACACCUGCAAGUAACCAACUGGUCACUGAAGCUGUGGCAGGAAGAAGGUCCCAUGGUGGUUCUGGCGCUACCGCUGUAGACAUGGGAAGACCCCAACCUCGCCAAACAACAUCUCGAAGAGCGUCAAAAGCCUCAACACAACGCAGAAGUGCAGACACAAAAGGAAAAAGUAUAGUGGGAGCCUCCACUAGAGUCUGGAGACAGAAGGAGAUAAUCUCAACACCCAGAGCAGAAGGAACUACCUCCAAGAGUUCAGGCGAAUCUUCUGUCCCUAUUGGUCGAAAGUCAUCAUCUGGCAAGAAGAAAGGCCAACAAAGCAGAGCCCCCACACUCUGGAACCAGACAGGGAACUGA